AUGGAGGAAUGCGUCUUCUCGGGGGACGACGAAUCUCAAAUGACCAGUGUUACUUACACACCCAGGAGCGGAGAAUUUGAGAUCAACGAGAAUUUUAUUAUACUUGAAAAUGAUGAAAAAAGUCAAUUCAGGCCUAAAUACGACACUUACGAAAUAUCGGCAAACUUUUUUUGUCGUUUGUUGUCGCUGGUCUACUUUUUUUCAUUUUUGUCAAACUUGAAUCAGAUCCUUGGACUAUUCGGUUCACAUGGAAUCUACAAUUCAAACACAGGCACGCUAUUAAACAGCCUGAACAAUAAAACCUUUUACGAGGCUCUGUCGGAGUUUCCAAGCUUGUAUCUCAUCAUGCCAAUAUCAGAUUUCACCCUCAGAUUGCUGCCAUUAAUCGGAACCGUCAGUUCUUUUCUUAUGUUCCUGACGGGGUUCAACUGCAUGUAUUCCUUUCUGUUUCUAUGGGCGUUAAAGUUGUCAUUAGUCGCGCUCUUUAGAACGCUUCCAAAAACAGCCUCUGAUCUGCUGUUGUUGGAGGUUGGGUUUCUAUCCAUCUUCAUUUUCACUCCUUUUAAGUUUUUUGAUAAGCAGACGUUCGAAGUUCCCAGUUUGGUUAAAUGGAGUUUCAGAUUCCUGACAUACAGGGUGAUCCUCUUGUCUGGAGUAUACAAGGUGUUCUUACUCAAGAAGGUGAACAUACAACACAUACUGAUGUCGAUUCCCCUGCCCACCUUUUUCAACUAUUACUUGGUGGGUCUGGUGGCAAACUACAAGUUCUUCAACGUAGUUUUGACAAGCUUAUUGAUUUUUUUCGAAGUGGUCCUGUCAGUUUUCCUAGUUACACCUUACAGAAGUUGCAGAUUGUUUGGUGGAAUGAGCACUCUGGUUUACGCUUUGGUGUUCAGUUUACUGGGCAAUUUCGGGCCAUUUUACAUUCUGCUGAUGCUGUGCAGCCUGUUCUGCCUCGACGAUCAGUUUCUGUACCGCUUCUCUAACUGGAAAUAUAAUCCGUUCUGCAAAACCGAUCAGUUGAUGAGGAAGGUGUCAGUGGACCUGGUGGACAACAUGUUCGAAAACAAGGACCAGGAGGAAAACACGUUUGAUAAUACAUACGAGGGUAGAGUGGGAGAUUUGGAGAACGGGUAUGAUGGCGGCAAGUCCUCUGGCGUUGGCGACUCUUAUAACGCAGUGAACAACGGGUUCAACGACCCUGUAAAUGCUGGCUACAACAACUCUGUAAACAAUGGAUACUCGAACAGCAGCGGCUAUGCCAACACUGUAAACGCCACCUACGGCAACAGCAGUGGGUACAGCGAGACUGCAGAUGAUAACCAUGGGUUCGGCAGCGUCUACUUCAACCGAAUUAUGAGCAACCUAAAUUAUUCGAGGCACCGAGAAUACAUUCGCGAAUUUAUGAACUUUGACGAUAAAGGUUCAGGAAAUUUGUUCUCUGAGUGUUUUAAAAAAGUCCUAAAGGACGUGUUGCUGCUGUUCUACUUGACUGUAAUCUUCACCAUGACUCUUCUGUUGUUUCUGUUCCGUAACUACAGGGGAAUCAAGGCCUUAGUUUUGUUUCUGUUCUGCGUUUUAUUGAAAUCGCACUGUGAAGCGGUUAAGACUAAGAUAACUUUCCUCCAGGGCCAGUACACUCUGUUCUUCUUGCAGGCUUUGCUGAUCUUCGAAAUGCUCAAAAACGGCCCUAACACCUGGAGUUUUCUGCUAUGGAUUGGACUGAUUGAGCUUCAGCUCAGCCUCUCGAAAAAGAUUGACAAUUUGGCAUACCUGGCCAAGAUGAUAAUUCAGUCGUUUGUUUUGGUGCACCUAUUACUAUACAACACCAGGAUAUUUGAUUCCUCUUUCAGGGACGUGUUGAGGGGUAGCAACUAUUCCAAGGGUAGUGUAACCCAUAGUAACCAGGGGUUAACACUUUCCAAGGCUGACGGCCAACUCGUUAAGGGUGAGCUACUACACGACACUACUGUCUAUGGCAGUAACAGGACUCUUGCCACUAACACCACCAGCAUAAACAGCUUCUUCAGCAUUAGCAACUAUAAAAGCGUCUUUCCAGUGGGCAAGGAGAGGCUAGAGAUCGUAUUCGAGGGAACAAAUGAACAACAGGUCACCAGUCACACCCACUGGGAUGAAUUUUUCUUUAAAAGAAAGCCAUCCAAGUUGGACAGUUUCCCAUUUCUAGUUCCCUUUUAUGACUAUGCGUUAGAUCAGCAGCUCGUUGUCAGUUUCAAUACCAACUACUAUGCGAACUUGGGUACUGAUGACACCAAUCCUGAGAAUAGUCGUAAGGGAACAAAACUUUCUACUGGGUCCUCUUUAAGUGAUAGCAGGAAUACAACUGACACACCAGAGGAGAAAGAAGGGGAUGAGAAUCCUAGCAACGAGGAUUAUGAUUCCAAUGGUGAUACCGAUGAAAACAACGAUCUCCUACCAGAUACUAACAACAAAACACCUAAACCAUCUCACGGCACCACCUACACUGCGACUACGACUCCAACAGACGACACUAAUAAUAGCACUGCUCCCGUUACCCUAGUGAGACCCAACGACAAGUACCUCUUCGAUAUAAUCAAACGACUUCUGAUGGGAUCAGAAGAUUUUAACAGCUUAAUUUCAUCCAACCCUUUUGGGUACGGAAAGCCCAAGUACGUAAGGGUCCAUUUGUACAAAUACCACUUCAGUAAUGUUCCGGCCAGCGAGCCGACACCAAACACUAGAGAAAAGGACACUAAUCUCGAGCCUAAGCACCAAGGUCAGGCUGAAAGUGUCAAUGAAAAGAACUGGUAUGUCAGAGAAUUUGUACGUGAACUGGUUCCUCCUCUAUCAUACACCAAUCCAGUUCCCGAAGGAUCAAAGCCCGGGGCAAAUGGAACCAAUGAUUCAGCUACCACUAACGUUAACGCCAACAAUAGCGUCAAUCACACUAACAGUAACAAAGCUCUGAAACCUGGUAGUAGUGGCGAUACUGAAAACACUGACUAUAAAAAUCAAAGCGAGGUAAUUCACGUUGUUCACACCAUGCCCGCUUCUGAUCACAAGACUGUCCCGUUGAGUAUGGCAGACAGUUUUAAUCACACAAUACCAAAUGUAGACGGCAUGGUGAUAACGAGUAAAUAA